CUUCUAACAAGUCAUCGAUGACAAACCAUGAGAGGUGUUCUGGAGUGUGAAAUAUCGCGAGAGCGCUCAGUAACACAGCCGUUGCCCAUCGCGAGACUAUCAUCCAGUCCUUUGCCUUGACUCCAGCUGGUAGCCUGCCUGCCGUUGACGGCUCUUUUGCAGUUGAGGUGAGAACCACCGGUCAUCAUGGGAAACAUCUUCGGGAACCUGUUGAAGAGCCUGAUAGGCAAGAAGGAGAUGAGGAUUCUCAUGGUGGGUCUGGACGCUGCUGGGAAAACCACCAUCCUCUACAAGCUGAAGCUGGGGGAGAUCGUGACCACCAUUCCCACGAUCGGUUUCAAUGUAGAGACAGUGGAGUACAAGAACAUCAGCUUCACCGUGUGGGACGUGGGCGGCCAGGACAAGAUCCGUCCCCUGUGGAGACACUACUUCCAGAACACCCAGGGUUUGAUCUUCGUGGUGGACAGCAAUGAUCGUGAGCGCGUGAAUGAAGCUCGGGAGGAGCUGAUGAGGAUGCUGGCUGAAGACGAGCUGCGGGAUGCUGUUCUCCUCGUCUUUGCCAACAAACAGGACCUGCCCAAUGCCAUGAACGCCGCAGAGAUCACAGACAAGCUGGGCCUACACUCCCUACGCCACCGUAACUGGUACAUCCAAGCCACCUGCGCCACCAGCGGAGACGGUCUCUAUGAGGGCCUGGACUGGCUGGCCAAUCAGCUGAAGAACAAGAAGUGAUGGGUACGGUCAGUAGAGCGGGGAAGAGCCUGGGUGCCAGCUCCAGGUAGAGGUUAUAGUGGAUCCAUUGUGUUUACAUGGAGAGGUAGUGCUGAAAAGCUCCCAGGGGGUGACUCUCAAUGGCUUUCCCCCCCGAAAUUACUUUCAUUUCAUCUCUUUAUUUUCAGUCAUGUGAUUUAUUUGGAUCUGCAGUGAGCGUUUUGAAAUAUUUACAAACCAAAUGGUGUCGAAGUUGACCGAAAUUACUCACAUUCUUACAAGCUGAAUAUUGGGAUGUAAUAGUAUAAUGUUACUGUAAAGGCAUAUUUAUUCCCCUCUACUUUGCAGUCUGUAUGGCCUCUGACCUCCAUCACCUUAUAAAUCCGUCCAGAAAAGGUGAUGAUGGCAGAGCAACCUUCCCCCAGAUACUUUAAACUUGAUGUUUAUAAAUUAUAAAGAAUGUCUUAAUAGCAUAGUGGGAGAACUAUCUCAGAAUACUAUCACAUUGUUUUUAAACAGUAUACUCAUACAGGCUCCGAUAAAUGUCUUGUUUUACCAUCAUCAGAUCACGCGCUUCAGAGCAAAACUUUUAUUUUUAAAAACUUAUUUUAGAUUUUAUUUAUUUAAAUGUAUUUAUUUUUAUCUGGAUUUUAAUCAUUUUAUCGACACAAAACAUGACAAAGUACUGGAUAGUCUCAGACAAUUCAUAUUUUUGUCAGCAUUUAUUUAUUUAUUUAUGUAUUUAUCUAUUCCCUGUUCGUUUUAAGUGCAUCACAUGGUUUUCCCUCCCGUUAUUGCAAUGUGCAUUCAAUGCUAAGGCAGCUGUUGGAAAAAGAAAAGAAAAGAAAAAAAAAAAAGUAGCCCCGGUAUCACUGUAUAUUGCUGCUUCCCAAACUGCAUGGAGAUGUCCCAGUGCCGGCUCGUGGGCUUGUGAAGAGCUGCGUGAACUACCGCAGGCCGCUGCUGUAAAUAAAGAUUGGUUCUAAUAGUCGACUUGCCCGGCUCAAUAAGGGUUAACAACAAUUUUGUCUGGCGUCAGCGAGGUGUGACAGCUGAACUGAUACAGACGACAGAACGGGCACACUGUACCGCCUCUGUGGCUUGGGAAGAAAAAUGAUGCUGCUAUUGGCCUGCCCCGUGGAGAGUGAUGCAGCGGAGCAUGUGAUUGGCAAUAUCAGAGAGCUUACACGGUUCCGAACGUCUGAUUUUUUUGAUACAGUUUGCGCGAGCAGCUGCACCAUAUCUGUCAACAAGAACUCACAUAGCUUGUCAUCCUGAUUUAUCCAUCCCUAAUUGGCGUGACACUACAUGUUUCUUGUUUUAACAGUAUCUCUGUAACACUAAACGCAUUAUUGUUGUAAAAAAAAAAAAAUGUAACGUCUGUUUUGUUUUUUUUCUUGUAUUUUUGAAUUGAGUAUUUAUUUAUGUUGGACCAAAAGGCAAGUGUUGAUUUUCGUGUUUUAUUUUUCUUGAUUUGCUUACUAGAUCAGACGGUCGUCUUUUUGAGUGUUCACGCGGAUCACGUAAUGAAAAAAAAAAAAAUUAGGAGAGGGGAUGAAAGUAAUACUGCAUCAUAAGGCAUGUUAAUACUGUACAAGAUCUGUAAUAAAAAGUGAAUUAUAAUAGCCUGUUUCCUCAGACUAUAUUUGUUAGUCUAAAUUACUGCUGCUGGUUGGAACAAUGCUGUACUGAUAAAUGUUAUGGAUUUAGUGUAAAGUUUACCAAACAAACUUCUAAUAUGCAAAAGCAUGCUUUUUCUAUGUCAGCGCAAAUGUAUAUAUGUUUAUGUAAUAAGAAAAGCAUACCAUGGUACUCAAAUUGAAAGUGUUAUUGAUACACCUGAAGAUAUUGGGGUCAGUGUGUUGGCGGAUAUGUAUAACUGACAGCAGCUUGUGUGUGUGACGUGCCCUCUAUUACAUUCGGUUUGGUGUGAAAAUUGUUUUCGUGGCCUUAUAUUGCAGGUGGUUAAGUUCUCUUUGAUAACAGGUUUGUAUGUAGGAAUGUCCGACAUUCAAGUAUCUCACCUAUGAUCUGUAACACUGAUGCACUCCCAGUACUGUUGUGGCUCAACAUCCUUCUUUCAAUGACUAUUGGCCGACUUUUAAACUUGAAACAAAAUGCAGAAGAAGCGAGACUGCAGAACAUUCCAGCUGAUAAUGAUUAUUCAAAAAAGGGAACAAACUGAACAUGGAUUCAUUGAAUUUCGGAGGAAUAUAAUCAAAAGGAGGAGAUAAAAGCAACACAAACUGGUGCAAAAGUGUUGAACAAUUUAAUGAUUCCUGGCACUACAUCGAUCAAUCAAUAAAACGACCAAAACACAAA